CGUGGGGGAACCCAGCGCUAGGUCUGGCAGGCCCAGGCCUACAGCAGCCGUCGCCAUGCCCGGUCGCAGUCCCGGUCCGCGCGGCUUUGACCCAGUUACCAAGGUCUGCGCGCCGCCUGCUGAGGCAUGUGCCCCCGCCACCGGGCCCUCCACAGGGUGCCCCUGGCCCUCCACCUCCAUCGCCAGGCAAGCAGACACCCUGCCAUCACCAGGGGUGCCCGUGGGGGUUAACGUUGAACCAAUCCCGUAAGGAAACAGUCGCGCGGCAAGGCGACCUGCAGCUGCAAAAGCGCGUCGUUGUACAUCACCGUAUGUAGUCGGGCGGGCUUGGGCAGUGUAGCGGCAGGUGGAAGGAGCAGUCCAGAGCAGCUCCGAAGUCAUGUCAACAGUGCGAGCCGCGCGCGGACCCCGUCGCCCAACUAGUUGCAAGGUUAUACUAACAUACUCACCUGGAUGUGAACGAGGAAGCGCCAGGUAGAAGCGUCCAGCAGCCGGGCGCGACGGACAUGUGGGGGAUGGCAAGGCGGCGAGUACGAGUAGAAGUCGUGGAAGUAGCGUAGCAGGGCAGUACAAGGCUAUGGGAUCCCGCGCGCGGCUUGACAAAGGAAGAAAGAGGGAGAAAGGAGGGAGGGCGGCAGUGUUAAGUGGCAAGAGUGCAUGGGCUCGGCGUGAGACGGGGCGGCCGCGGCAUGGGCGGGGAGACGAAGCGGCGGGAUGGGUGGGUGGGUGCGAGCAGGGCGCGGGCCGCCGAACGGCUCCCUCGCUACCCUGCCGGCGAGGACGCGCACACGCAUGAGUGCGCGCCCACUGGGGCAUGGAUGCGUGAAUGCGAUGGGGGCGAUGCGAAGGCGGGUUGGCCAUGUUCAGAACCGGGCAUCGCCAUGGCGGAACCCCGUCAUCAGCACAGGCCGUGCGCCGAUGGGACCAACACACACGCACACGCACGGACCCACGAGCACGCAAACGCACGCACACGCACGCGCACACCAGGGGUGCCCGUGGGGAUGUGCGAGUGCCGCCAGUACGCAUUCUGUUUCCUUAUAGCAUCGUCGAUAACAUUCUGGUGGAAGACCGGCAGGCUGGGGCGGCCGUACCUGACCGCGUGUCAGGCCCGGAUCAGAGUGUCACGCGUUGGCAAGUGACCAGACAGGGCGCGUGUCAGUGCCAGGGUUUUGCUGCCGUGCCGUAACCACGUGUCAAGUUAUGGGUAGGCAGUCACAUCAGCUGUGUGGGAAUCGGUCGCCCAGUGGCCUACUAAGCGAGCAUAUCUUCGUUUAUAGAGCACCUGUGCAGGUGCCGGUGACUGUGCGCGAGUAUGCGCGGGUCCAUUCCGGCAUCCGUAGUGCGUUCCGAAGGCUCAAGCAAGCCUGUCUUGACUUGAGCUGAGUGGUGCGCUGUCUCUUGCUGCACAGACACGCAGACAGGCGUGCGGGUGAGAUAAUACGAUUCACCCAAACAGAAUGGUACAGUUGUCUGCUGAUGUUAUUGCCGUUGGUCUAUGACUCUGUAAACGCUAAUCAGA